CUGUCGAUUUUCGAUGAUGAGACCGAAGAGAUUAACUUGAAUAUUUGUUUCAGACGAAACCAUCAAUGGCCUGAAAGUAUGUUCCGCACGGCGUCUGUCGAGGGGUCCGGGGUUCGGACGCCGCCCGCGUACGUCCCGCACCCCCCUUACCCUCCGCCCCGCUUCUACCCCCCUCGCAUCCGACCCCCUCCCCCGCAGUACUGCUUCGACGCUGCUCGCUUCGCAUGUGACGCUUCCAAACCCAGAUACCUGGAUGUUGAACGGGAGAGACUCGUCACCAGGUGGUUGGCCGAAGCCAACGAGGCCCUGGUCCGUAGGGAUCGCCCUCCGCGCUACAAGCCGAGGAGCAGCGAGCGAAGGCCUGACUUCCUAGAUCGAAGGCCCAACGCUCCGGAAUGGGCUGACAAUUUUCUCCUCGGAAGACGGAACGGUUCCGUCGAGCCUGAAGAAGAGAGUAGUGAUGUGAUGACGCUUAAGGAUUUCGUAGAUAAGUUUUCCUUGCCUCGUGUCGUGAGGUUUGAAGGAGAGGAUAGGGCUGUGCUUCUAUAUCGGGUGUUGGAAGCCCACCGCAGGGUCGAGGCGGUGCCUCUAUCAGGGAAGAAGGGCAAGUUGGUUGGGAAGCCGCUGUACAUCCCUGAUUCAUACGACGGUUGGUUUUCUGCGUGUAGUUGUCGCGGCGGAGCCCUAGCGUCGUCUCGGGGCUCCGUGUCAGCUCUACUGAGGUCCCAGGCCUUCGCCCUCGUGUCCCCUCGCGCUAUAUCCGCGUACAGGGCCAGACCGACUUCCGAGAGUGGUCGUGUGGGGGCGCAGUAUGAGAGGGCUGCUGCCCGGCCCGGGACUCCGCUACGCCUGGCCGGGGUCUUCGCUGACGGCAGCAAGGCCAAAGCACCCAAAUACGCUCAGCUGAUUGACCCACAAGGAAAUAUUCUACCCAUUUUGAUUACGUUACUCAAGAGUAAUAAUGAGAUAUUUUAG